GACCAUGGUGGCCGCUGCCAGCGGGUCACACCUUCCCUAGACCAACAGAAAACGGAUAGUUGGCUUUUGGCGGUGAAUUCGAUCAGACGACGUGAGUGAGUGAGAGCCUUAGGAUUUUUGUUCAACGGUUUUCUUCUUCACGUCGUUCUGCAAGAAACGAGACAGCAGUCAACAGUAGGACGUAAAUUCCUUCCCACCUCAAGAGUAGUCUUGGAGAUGGUCCUCAAGCUUCAAAACUUCUGGCUAUAAAAGCAAUAGAUCUAAGGUAACGCAUCACUCUUCAAAGGAGCAUCACGUCUUAUCCCAUUUCUCUCUUUCACAAAUCAAUUCACACGUCCAUCGGCGAUCGACGGAGCUCAAGCAACCCAUAUCAGCCUUCGCUUUCGUACAUCUCGCUCGUCUUCUAUCAACAAUUCGUCCAUCAUGAGAAGUCUGUUGGUACUUCCGAUCUUCCUGGCGCUGACAGUGGCUGAGGACCAGUUCCUGGCUGGCCAGAUGAACCCACAAUCAAUGUUCGCAGAUGACACUCGAGCAGUGGAUGCCGCGACAGACAUGGAGGAGAGCAUCCUCACUGAGGAGAUGAACCAUGCAGCAACACAUCUCCAGGAGGAGAGGCCACAUCCACAUUUGGUUCAUCCAGAGCAUCAUCAUCCAAAGAGGACAUCUGGAGAGUCCUUCUUAAAAAGUUUAGACGAAGUUUUUGUCAGUCCCCAUCAUCCCGUCCCAGAGCCUCACCCAGUGGAGGAAGCAACUGAGCCUCAUCACAUUGGUGCUGCUGAUGAGGACCCUCAUCACCCUCACAGAUCAAUCGGUGUCAUACGCCACAAUGCAGUGGAGAUCCCGCUGGAUGUGCAAGGACCGGAGGGAGAAGGCUUCCCAGGCACCGAGAGUACCCUCGAUGAAGGUCUCUUCGAGAACCACCCAAACACCGAAGUUCCAGAAUUCGAGGCAACAGUCGGGACAGAGGCUGUAAACGAAAUGGAGGUGGUUCAAGAACCAGUGGUCCUUCCAGUCACGGAAGGGAAAAAUAGAGGGCAAGAUCCCGUUGCCCAGUAUGGCCUUCCAAAGGAGCUCAUGCCUAUUCAUCCGGGCGGUGGUUCCAAAUUCGACGAUCUAGAACGGGAGAAAAUGGAAAAGAAGAAAAUGGCCCAAACGAAAGGCACUGACGACGAAGACACAGAAAACGGAGCUUCACACGAAGCGGAGGGACUUUACAGUUCUGCUGCUACUUUGUACCUUUCCUCUAUAAUCUUAUCGCUUUCCUCUUCAUUUAGAAUAAUAGUUUAGUUUUCUCUUCCUAGUGUUUACAUCCGGUUGUUGGCUGAAUUUCGGAGUCGCCUUAGUUAAAAUUUGGAUAACAUUUAGUCAUCUUGCACUCCAUUUGCAAAUAAUGAAAUAAUCAGUUCUCAUAAAUCAUCUUUUCGUGAAUUAUCGGAUGUUCAGCUAAGUACUGGAUAACGCUUCUUCUUGUUUAUAAGGCUUUUUUUUCAUAAAUAUAUUGAUUUCUGCCCGAUGAUAGAUUUGAAAUAGUAGUUUUUGUUCUGGGAAAAUAAAAUGGUCUAUUACUAUUAA